AUGGUUUUAUCUGUACUGCUGAGAUUCAUAUACCCGCCGCCGUCGAAUCAGUUUGUGACGGCGAUGUCUGUGAUAAGUUUAGUAUCGCUGGGGAAUGCAGGAAUCAUGGAAUUGAAAGGGAAGCACAUGCAGUAUUCGAAAUUAUGGAAUUUUGGCGUAGAUCAGAAAAUUCCUGCCGAUAAAAAGGCCAAAGUCUCCAGUAAAACUGGCAUGAUUAUAGCGUAUACCCCUGCAUUUCUUGCCAGCGUUACCUCUUUCGUCCUCGUACCGGUUGGGGAUUUUAGGUUUGAUUUGCUUCGUUCGGCCAUUACCAUUCAUUUCUUCAAGAGGAUCUUUGAGGUGCUGUUUGUUCACAAAUUUAGCGGUUGGAUGGACACGGAAGCUGCAACUGCAGUCUCUCUCAGUUACUUCAUCAACUCAGCCACCACGAUUUACUCUCAUCAUCUAAUCCAAGGACUUCCUGAACCCCAAACAGACCUCAAGCACUGCUUUGUACUUGAUGGGAAGGAGUUGUGCAACUAG